CCUGAAUAGAGAAGCUGAGAAUGAAACCAAACCCUGAGUGAGAGUAAACAACAUCUCUGUCACAUUCAUUAAAGACCUUCAAGGAGCACAUCGCAGACCAUGCAAGUGAGAAUGAUGCCGAAAACUGCCCUGCUAGCACUGUGCUGCCUGUUAUUGUCAGUUACUUCUUCCCCAGUCUAUCCAGCACUGAGGUUUGGUCAGCAAGCGGCUGCGAUACUGAUGACCUCCUCUAUUGAGGAUCCAAUGCAGUUUCCAGCAGGGACUUCACUGCGCACACCAGAUGCUGAGCUUAGGUUUGGAAGACAUGCUGACGCCAUCUUUACCAACAGCUAUCGAAAAGUUCUCGGUCAAAUAUCUGCCAGAAAAUUCCUUCAAACUGUCAUGGGCAAAAGACUUGGACCAGAAACUCAAAACUAUGUAAAACGCCAAUCCGGCAUAUAUGGAGACACCUACAAGCAAGAUGUGGAUAUGGAUGUCACUGAGAGGAAACAAAGUUACAGAGAACCACAAAGACUUAAGUUCUCAGUAGCUACACACCGAUGAAAUCAAUAAUAAUAAUAAUAAUAAAAAAUAAAUAAAAAAACUGUGAACUGUCUUUAUACUUGCAUUUGCAUUUCACUCUGGAUUAUUAAAAUUCAGUUCACUCUUCCUACAGGAUCCUGUGCACUAUGUGUGUUUGUGCACUGGCGCCAGACAGUCACUGUUCAGAAGGUCUGCACACAGAAAUAUCUAAAGUCUCUAACUAAAAAUACACAAAUGUUUAUAUCACUGUAUUUUACAUCCAUUUCUUAGCAAGUACAUAUUGUUGUAUAGUGGGAUAAUUGACCAUUCCCUAAGCCACUUUAAAACACUAAUGAAAAAUCCUACAUUAGGC